AUGUUUGAGAAAAAACUAUUUUCCGUCAAAGACAAGGUCUUUGUAAAACGACGAGCAUAUCCUGCCUGGCCUGCUUUAAUAAUUGGUAUCAAAGCUAACACUGAAUCAGAAGUAAUUUAUACUGUAUAUUUUUAUGGAACUGGUAACUACGGAGAAUGUAAAGCAAAUGCACUCUGUCUAUAUGAAGAAAACAAGUAUAAACUAGCUAAGCCCCGAAGAAAACAAAAGAAAUUCAAAAAUUUAGCUGAAGCUCUCGAACAAAUAGAAAAUGAUACCAAAAACGAUUUUAUCCCUGACAACAAUGUUGAAGUAUUUAUGCCACCAAUUUCAACAACAAACCUAAAUCAAGAAUUAUCUUUAGAAGAUGAAUCCAAAAAUUCGAGUAAAAAUGAAAAUCAAAGUGAAUAUAAUUUGAAAACUGAAGAAAACGCUGAAGAAAUGUUAACUUAUGAGCCUGUUAUUGAAUCAAGUUCAUCCAAAGGUAUAAAAGUUGUUUUAAGAAAAACGGUAUCUAAUUCUGCAAAAAGAAAACUAUCUGAUGUCACAGUGUCUAUGGUCACACAUGAAAAAGUCCCAAAGAAGCUAAAAACAUUAAAAAGUUUCAAGUCCAUAGAUAUUCAACCUAUAGUAUUGUUGGAGCCAUUGAAUGAAGUUUAUUUAAAAAGAAAACUUAAUGGAAAUCAGAAUUUUAAGACUGCUGAAAAAAAUGUUACUGCCAAUGAACAAAAUUCUGAAACUCUAAAUACUACUAAACCUUUACUUGAAUCCAGUGACAUCUCAUUAAAUCACUGUGAAUCUGCAGAAUCGAAAACCAUUAAUGAGAGUGUUCAGUCAGAUUUAGGUCGUACAUCACGCUUUGGUCGUAAAAUCAAACCAAACAGAUUGUCUGACCAUGACUUUGUCACCAAUGUGCCGAAAAACUUAAAGUUGAAGAAAACAGAAUCCAAAAGUUUAAAAACUCUUAAUUCUGACAAUAAUGAAACUGAUGAUUCUUUAAAACAAAACAUAAAAACUACAGAUUCAAGCACAAAAGCAAUAAACAAAUUGAAAGAUAAUGUAAUGUCAAUGCCCGUAUCAAUACCAUGUUCACUUGACGGUGUAUCGAAAAAAAUAUGCUUAUUGAACAGCAACCUGCAGGAGAGAAAUACAUCAAAUAAUUUGAUUAAAAAUAUGGGUUCUUUAUCAAAUGUAGAAGUUGAGUGGAAAAAAACUGAAUCAAACAAAUCAGAUAAAGUUAAUUUGCUACUAACAGAAGUAAAUUUGCUUGAUUGUGUCAAUAAAUUAAGCUCUGCUUUAUCAAUAAACUAUAGCAAAUUAAGUUAUGAAAUGGCGUUGAAGUCAUUGGAAGAGAUCAGUAAAUUACAAUUUAAUGCUCUUAUGUUAAUAAAACAUAGAUGUAUCAUUGAUAAAAUUACAAAAGUGACAAAGUAUGUAGGUGAUGUGAAUAACUGGUCCUUAAGCGAUCAGGAAGCUAUUGAACAUGUUAAUAAAGCACACCAAAUUCGAUGCAAAGCUCGAAAGGUAUUAAAAAAAUGUAUGUCACUAUUCACUUUAAUUGAUGGAAAAACAUUCCAAGAGAUAUACAACCAAGAAGUCGACAUGUUUAUUAUGAAGACUCAACAUAUGUCCAAUGAUCAGAUUUAUGGUUGUACAUCAGAUAAAUUGUACAAAUAA